CCAGAUGGAGACCCGGCAGCACGAGUGGCUGUCCGCGCCCCCGCACGAGGGCUUCGAGCAGAUGCGGCUCAAAGGCCGCCCGAAGGAGCCGGCGCCCGGCCUGACCCGAGCGGGCGCGAACUUCUACAGCAGCGUCAAGCAGCAGGACUACAGCGCCAGCGUCUGGCUCCGCAGGAGAGACAAGCUGGAGCACUCCCAGCAGAAGUGCAUCGUGGUCUUCGCGCUGGUGUGCUGCUUUGCCAUUCUUGUCGCACUGAUAUUUUCUGCCGUGGACAUCAUGGGAGAAGAUGAAGAUGGACUCUCAGAAAAAAAUUGUCAAAAUAAAUGUCGAAUUGCCCUGGUGGAGAAUAUCCCUGAGGGCCUUAACUAUUCAGAAAAUGCACCAUUUCACUUAUCACUUUUCCAAGGCUGGAUGAACUUACUCAACAUGGCCAAAAAGUCUGUGGACAUAGUGUCUUCUCACUGGGACCUCAACCACAGCCAUCCGUCAGCAUGCCAGGGUCAACGACUUUUUGAAAAGUUGCUUCAACUGACUUCACAAAACAUUGAAAUCAAGCUAGUGAGUGAUGUAACAGCUGAUUCAAAGGUAUUAGAAGCCUUGAAAUUAAAGGGAGCUGAGGUAACCUACAUGAACAUGACAGCCUACAACAAGGGUCGGCUGCAGUCUUCCUUCUGGAUUGUGGACAAGCAGCAUGUUUACAUCGGCAGUGCUGGUUUGGACUGGCGAUCCCUGGGACAGAUGAAAGAACUCGGUGUCAUCUUCUACAACUGCAGCUGCCUCGUCUUAGAUUUACAAAGGAUAUUUGCUCUGUAUAGUUCAUUAAAAUUCAAGAGCAGAGUGCCUCAGACCUGGUCCAAGAGACUCUAUGGAGUCUAUGAUAAUGAAAAGAAAUUGCAACUUCAGUUGAAUGAAACCAAAUCUCAAGCAUUUGUGUCGAACUCUCCUAAACUCUUCUGUCCUAAAAAUAGAAGCUUUGACAUAGACGCCAUCUACAGCGUGAUAGAUGAUGCCAAGCAGCAUGUGUACAUCGCCGUCAUGGACUACCUGCCUAUCUCUAGCACAAGCACCAAAAGGACCUAUUGGCCUGACUUGGAUGGGAAAAUAAGAGAAGCGUUAGUUUUGCGAAGUGUUAAAGUUCGACUCCUCAUAAGCUUCUGGAAGGAAACUGACCCCCUUACAUUUAACUUCAUUUCAUCUCUUAAAGCUAUUUGCACUGAAAUAGUCAACUGCAGUUUGAAAGUUAAAUUUUUUGAUCUGGAGAGAGAAAAUGCUUGUGCCACAAAAGAACAAAAGAACAACACCUUUCUGAAAUUAAAUCGUAACAAGUACAUGGUGACAGACAGCGCAGCUUAUAUUGGAAAUUUCGACUGGGUAGGGAAUGACUUUACCCAGAAUGCUGGCACAGGCCUGGUGAUCAACCAAGCAGAUGUGAGGAACAACCGGAGCAUCAUUAAACAGCUGAAAGACGUGUUUGAGAGGGACUGGUACUCACCUUAUGCCAGAACCUUACAGCCCACCAAACAGCCAAACUGCUCAAGCCUAGUCAAACUCAAAGCGCCGUCCAAUAAAACUGCCCCCUACAGCCUGAGUGGGAAGGACCCCAAAAGUGUCUAACUGGCUGAGAAACUGAGAGGAUCGGCUGUAUUUCAUAUUUAUAUCAAAGGACUUGAGGAGAGAAAAAUGAUUUAAUAUGUCUUUUUUUUAGGGGAAAAAAGCACACUUACAAGAAAUAUUCUCUGAAUGACAUGUAAUACCUACUACUAUCUUCAUGGUGUGUACACUAAAUUUGAGACUUUUGUAUAUGUUACUUCUGACAGAGAAUGUCAUUUUAGCUUGGAAGUUAGUUUUUAUGUUUACAUACAAAUUUUAAGAUUUUAUGCUUCUUCUUUCUCAUUUUAGAACUUUUUCUGCUGACCCACACGGUCAGUUAUUAGGCAGCUUAGCAUGAGGUAAGCUCUUUCACACCAUUCUGAGAACUGCUGACUUACAGGGGACUCUGAGGACGCUGCCCUAGAGAAGAGACUGAUCAAAUCAAGUAUUUACCCUUGUAAACCAAUUCCAAGACCUAUUUGGUCAGUUAAGCAUGAACAACUUAUCUCUCAUGCCAGUUGUCAAGACUCUUAAAGAAAUACCUUUUUUUUUUUUGUCUUCCUGCUUUAUUCUUCUAAUACUGUAACUUUUUUUAAAUCAAUUUCUCUUUUCACAAAAUGUCCUUACUAUGUAGAUAGAGUCCCUCAUUCCAAGUAAUAACGUCUCUUGAAAAUGUAAGAAUUCCUCAGAAUGGAUACAAAAUGGAAGUAGCCAUCUUCAAUUUUCACCUUUAAACUUCAUUUUGCUGAUCAAACUGAUAUUUUAAAACCACAACCAGCAAUAGAUAACCCUUCUCUCGAACUCAAAAAUAUUAUGUAGCCACAUGCUAAAAUUCAGUAUGCUGCUAGGUUUGCAUAAUGAAAACACAGUAGUUUUCACAUUCUUGUUUAGUUUAUGCUACUAUCAAGGACAGACAUGCAUCAGUGAAUUUUAAUUUCUUUAGACUCAUUAUGCUGCUCAGAGUUCGCCAGAAAAGUUUAUAAAGCUAUUUAAUAUACCUUCUGCUAUUUAAUAUACCAAAUGCUUUUCAGCGAAAUGCAAUUUAAAUACUGUGCUUAACAUAUUUUACUAAGAAAACAGAAUACUGAACUAUUAUUCUAUAAUGUCAUUGUGUGUUCUUUUAUAUCUAUACAAUAUUUAACCUUAUAUUAAUGGAGACCGCGCUACACAAGAGAGAGGCAUGCCCUCUUCGGAGCCCGGAGCUGGCACCAUCAGCAUGUCCCGUCUGAAGGCUGCUCCUGGCUCUCUCUGGGCCAGAGGGGUCCUACACCCCUUGGCCUGGGGUUUCUAUUGGUAAUGUAGGGACAGAAAUACCUACCUCGUGAAGAUGUCGUUAUGGUAGGAAACAUUUAUAACUUGUUUUGAAAUCAAAAGAACCUAUAUAAAUGCUAAGCAUUCUGAUGUACAUUCUUUUUCUUGAAAUAACCUGUGUGGUCUCCUGGCAUGAUCCACACCAGGUUCUCCUGGUGUGACUGGAGAAGGAGAAGCAGAUGCAGAACAUCCAUCUAUAAGUGUGGAGGAGAAGACAGCAACUUGAAGUCACUGCUGGAGAUCUGGAUUGUCAUUGUUUCAAUGGAACUUUGCUUUAUUGGGUCACUUUGGCAUAAAUUACAUAAAUUGCAUCAGAGCCGGAAGAGCAAUCAAUUCUAUAUAUAUUUUUAAACUUCUACAGACUUGAUAUCUAAUAUGCCAGAAAGAGGGAUGUAGAAUCCAAUGUAUCUUAGCCAGUGGGUUCACUUGGUGUCGAAUGUCUAUCGCUGAUCAUCUAGCGAUCACAAAACAUCCUUUCUUAUUGUUGUCAAGUAUUGUAUUACUGGAUAUUUCACCAGGCAGUGAAGAGAGCCAUAUCUGAAGGAUAUGUUUGGGGUUGUUUUUUUUUUAUGAAUUAUUGGGGAAAUCUUAAUGAAAUUCUACAUCAAUCAAGGCCAGCCCAUAAAACUUUAAAUAUUCCCCAUGUGCCUAAUGCUUGUUUGAGCAGAGAGUUCUCCCGCCAGUCAUCUCAGUAGAGUCAAUUUAAUUUUGUUGAUGAAUUUUUAAACUUACUUUUGAUUUGUUUUCUUACAUCAUUGUUCUUCCUUCAGGUGUUGUCCAGUAGAGGGUUUUUUAAAAGACAGAAAGCAAAAAUCAGGUGUAGAAACACACAUACCAAGCUUACUAUGGAGCAAAGAAAAAGUACUAGAAAUGACAUCCAAAGUGAGACGAGAGGGCUGCUCCCCGAUAGUUCUCAAUGUCUCCUGGAUGUCUGUCACGGCCACGGCACAAGCAGGCUUGAUGUAGUGAGCCCCUUCGCUGUCACCAGGCUUCACAUGUUAGGAGGCGAGAACUUGUUCUGUAUGAGAUGACCACCAUUGUCGUUUCCGUCCAGGUCUCUCAGAAGGGUAGCACCAGGAAAUGCGUCUGGAUUCUUGCACCCCGCAAAGCCCUAGAUCCCCAGAAGGCCAUCUGUCCAGGGUCUGCAGGCGGCCGCCACUUCACUGACCCCAGGGAGCAGUGUUGGCUUUCUGCGCAGUCAGGAGAUAGUCCCGGGCAGAAAAGGUCAUCCAUGGGCCCUGGCUCCUGAGAGAAUUCUAAAUUUUACAAAACUGUCCUUUUCAUUUGGGUGCGUUGUGAACCCCGGGGAGGAGCAGUUUUCUACUUUUUGACAUUGCUAAAGAAAAACAGACUCCUGACUUUCAGCUUCCCCCGUAAGCAUCCCAGGAGUUAAUUUUUUGAGGGGGAAAAAAAAAAGCAAAAUGAAAACACUGGUUUCAGCUUAUCUGAUGUAUGUUCACACCAGAAAUUAUGACAAGUGUGAAUCCUGACCUCCGUUUUCUCCCCUUGAACAUUCCAGGAGUUAUUUCCAAAGAGGAGGGGAGCAAGGAGGUCAGACACCAACACAGUUUGAAGUGACAUUUUCUAUUUCUGUGUGGCGAACAUUAAUCGAGUGCCUUAAUCAUUCUCAAGCAUUGAGUUGAAACAGUGAUGGACCGUGUGAGGACAGGCCUGACUGACUGGCGCCCCCGGGACCUCCUGGAGGCCCCACAGUUGAGACGUGCACAGUCACUGACUUCAGCAGUUUCUAGCAGCCAAAUCACACAAGUUUGGCCACUUCUGAAGCAACUCAUUGAUUCCCUCUGUCAAGUAGCAACAGUGCUGGCUUUCGGGUCCCCACACUGGCCAUUCUUCUGUCAGAUAAUUGAUUCAGAUCAUUGAGUUUACAAACCACUGGCGAGGCAGUGACCACCUUGGCGUUGGGCUCUGUAAAUGCCAAGCUCGAGUACCCAACAGUAAGAGUGAAGCACACUCCCCUGUCCCCGCUGUUUGUAAAAGACCUUCCAAUGUCCUGCGAAAAACAGAAU